UUUCGCCACAAGAGUGAUAAUCAAGUGAAUAAUCGGCAAUCUGAAGUGCUCAUCAACAGCAAAAAAGAGAAGGCAAGAAGACACACAACAGAGAAGAUAAAGGGAAGAUGGAGGCAGAGAUUGGAGUUACACAGUCCCAAGUCAAGGAAUGCCUGAGGUACCCGAGGCUGGACGUGAGGCAUGGAACAUAUCUUUCCCUAGAGCCCCCAAAACUGCAGAAUGAAAAAUGGAUGAAUGUCAAAGUGGGAGACAUCAUUAAACUGGAAAAUAACCAAUUUGUUGCUGCUGAUCUGCUUCUCCUAUCAAGUAGUGAGCCGUAUGGCCUCUGUUAUAUUGAAACUGCUGAGCUUGAUGGGGAGACGAACCUUAAAGUUCGCCAUGCACUACCAGUUACUUCAGAACUUGGAGAAGACAUUAGGAGACUUGCAAAGUUUGAUGGGCUUGUUGUCUGUGAGGCACCUAACAACAAAUUAGAUAAAUUCAUGGGGGUUCUCUUUUGGAAGGACAGAGAGCAUUCUCUCAACAAUGAGAAGAUCAUCCUGAGGGGCUGUGUCCUGAGAAACACCAGCUGGUGCUUUGGAAUGGUUAUUUUUGCAGGUCCUGACACUAAACUAAUGCAGAACAGUGGUAAGACAAAGUUUAAAAGGACAAGCAUUGAUAGAUUGAUGAAUACACUAGUACUGUGGAUUUUUGGGUUUCUGGUAUGUUUGGGAAUUAUUCUUGCAAUAGGAAAUUCAAUCUGGGCGAACCAAGUUGGGGACCAAUUCAAAACUUACCUUUUCUGGAAUGAAGGAGAGAAGAACUCUGUGUUCUCAGGAUUCUUAACAUUCUGGUCAUAUAUUAUUAUUCUCAACACAGUUGUACCUAUUUCAUUAUACGUGAGUGUGGAAGUAAUUCGUCUGGGACACAGUUAUUUUAUAAACUGGGAUCGGAAGAUGUAUUACUCUGAAAAAGCAACACCUGCGGAAGCUCGAACGACCACUCUCAACGAGGAGCUGGGCCAGAUUGAAUAUGUUUUCUCUGACAAAACGGGCACCCUCACUCAGAACAUCAUGACUUUUAAAAAGUGUUCCAUUGAUGGGAGAAUCUAUGGUGAAGUACAUGAUGACCUGGAUCAGAAGACAGACAUUACUAAGAAAAAAAAGGCUGUGGAUUUUUCAGUCAACCCCCAAGUUGAUAAAACAUUUCAGUUCUUUGACCACUGUCUGAUGGAAUCCAUUAAACUGGGCGAUCCCAAAGUGCAUGAAUUCCUGAGGUUACUUGCUCUCUGCCACACCGUAAUGUCGGAGGAAAACAGUGCAGGACAGCUAAUUUAUCAAGUUCAAUCACCUGAUGAAGGGGCUCUCGUGACUGCUGCAAAAAAUUUUGGAUUCAUUUUUAAGUCUCGGACCCCAGAGACAAUAACAAUAGAAGAACUGGGAACACUAGUUACUUAUCAGCUGCUUGCCUUUUUGGAUUUCAACAAUAUCAGAAAAAGGAUGUCUGUCAUAGUUAGAAACCCGGAAGGACAGAUAAAGCUUUAUUCCAAAGGAGCAGACACUAUUCUCUUUGAAAAACUUCAUCCGUCCAGUGAAGACCUUCUGACUUUGACGUCAGACCAUAUCAGCGAGUUUGCAGGGGAAGGCCUUCGAACUUUGGCCAUCGCAUACAGAGAUCUGGAUGACAAGUACUUUAAAGAGUGGCACAAGAUGCUUGAAGAUGCAAAUAUUGCCAUAGAUGAGAGGGAUGAACGGAUAGCUGGGCUGUAUGAAGAAAUCGAACAGGAUUUGAUGCUUCUAGGUGCCACUGCUGUAGAAGAUAAGUUACAAGAAGGUGUUAUUGAAACGGUUACAAAUUUAUCACUAGCCAAUAUUAAGAUCUGGGUCCUAACAGGAGACAAACAAGAAACUGCCAUCAACAUUAGCUAUGCCUGCAACAUGCUGACUGAUGACAUGAACGAAGUGUUCAUUAUCACAGGGAACACGGCAGUGGAAGUCAGAGAAGAACUCAGGAAAGCAAAGGAACAUUUGUUUGGACAAAACAGAAGUUCUUCCAAUGGCCAUGUAGUUUUUGAAAAAAAGCAGCAGCUGGACUCAGUUGUGGAAGAAACCGUAACAGGAGAUUACGCCUUAAUCAUAAAUGGCCACAGUUUGGCUUAUGCCCUAGAAAGUGAUGUCAAGAACGAGCUCCUAGAACUUGCCUGCAUGUGUAAGACCGUGGUGUGCUGCCGAGUCACGCCACUCCAGAAAGCCCAAGUAGUAGAGCUGGUGAAGAAACAUAGAAAUGCUGUCACCUUGGCCAUAGGCGAUGGAGCCAAUGAUGUCAGCAUGAUCAAAAGUGCUCACAUUGGCAUUGGAAUCAGCGGCCAGGAGGGUCUGCAGGCAGUCUUAGCCAGCGACUAUUCAUUUGCACAGUUUCGUUACCUUCAAAGACUUCUCCUCGUUCACGGAAGGUGGUCCUAUUUCCGAAUGUGCAAAUUCUUAUGCUAUUUCUUCUAUAAGAAUUUUGCAUUCACACUUGUGCAUUUCUGGUUUGGUUUCUUCUGUGGUUUCUCAGCCCAGACUGUCUAUGACCAGUGGUUCAUUACCCUUUAUAACAUUGUCUACACAUCACUUCCUGUUUUAGCCAUGGGGAUUUUUGACCAGGAUGUAAGUGACCAGAACAGUAUGGACUUUCCCCAGCUCUACAAACCUGGACAGCUGAAUCUACUUUUUAACAAGCGUAAAUUUUUCAUCUGCAUGGCACAUGGAAUCUACACCUCAUUAAUCCUUUUCUUCAUCCCCUAUGGGGCCUUUUAUAAUGCGUCUGGAGAAGAUGGGCAGCACUUUGCCGACUACCAGUCUUUUGCAGUUACCAUGGCCACGUCCUUGGUCAUUGUGGUCAGCAUGCAGAUAGCCUUGGAUACCAGUUACUGGACUGCCAUCAAUCACGUCUUCAUCUGGGGCAGCAUUGCCUCUUACUUCCUCAUUUUAUUUACAAUGCAGAGUAAUGGCAUGUUUGGCAUCUUCCCAAAACAGUUUCCAUUUGUUGGAAAUGCACGACAUUCCUUGACCCAAAAGUGCGUCUGGCUUGUUAUUCUCCUAACGACAGUGGCUUCAGUUAUGCCUGUGCUGGUAUUCAGAUUUUUGAAGGUGGAUUUAUUCCCAACCCUGAGUGACCAGAUCCGCCAGUGGCAGAAGGCUCAACAGAAGGCCAGGCCUCUGCAUGGCCGGAGGCCUCGGUCCCGUAGGUCAAGCUCAAGAAGAUCUGGAUAUGCUUUUGCUCACCAAGAGGGCUAUGGAGAGCUUAUCACAUCUGGAAAAAAUAUGCGAGCUAAAAAUCCAUCCCCACCGUCAGGGUUGGAAAAGACACUGGAUAAUAGCACUAGCUGGAUUGAAAAUGCAUGUCAGAAAACCACAGACACAGUGAGCAGCUUUAACCAGGACAAAACAGUGAAACUGUGAGUCAAGAUGCAUUUGAACCACAUAGUUAUCUUUUCACUUCAGCUGAAGCUGAAACUCAGCUGGCUUCAGAGUUUGGGGCUAGGAGUGGACAGACUGCCUCACUAACUUAAAUCUGUGGCAAGACAGCUGCCUGGUGCCUGUCAAGCAGAGGUGGACUCUACCGGAAACCAAGCUAGAGGGUCACCGUCUAAUUUGUGAUUUGGCAGACAAAACCUUCACAAUGCAAGCACAGGUUUUUUUUAUCAACCUAGACACCAAUUGACCCGAACUUUAGAAUUUUAUAUAUGGAGACAAACUUGUAAAUCUGCAUGUACAUUAAAUGGAUGGAUCGUCAGGUGGAUAAAAGGGUACAUUCAGAAGGCAUGUACCCCAGCUGAAAAGCAUGCUUGUUUACAGACAAACAUGUAUAUGUCAGAUCAGCCUUUCCCAAGAUGUACUUUUAAGAUUUAAAAUUGUACUAAGGUGCCUUCAGACUAGGAGGAGCUUGUCCCUCCCAGUCUUGAUUUCUACCUGUGUGUUCAGCCAGGACAAAAAUCACCUUCAUGCCUGAAGAAUGGAAAAAUACAUCAGUGUUAAUUACUUUUCUGCUAGUCUAGACAUAGUUCAGACUGAGCCUCUUUACAGUGGGAUAAACUGGUAAUUUGGUCAAAUUUAUUCUAAAAGCUGUCAUGGACAUGUUCAUGAAGUGUCAACAAGAAGCUCUAGUAAGUGUUCUAAAUAAGUUUCAAUGACUUUUAUAACAACCUCAGUAGUAAUUUGCCCUGUGUCAUCCAGAACCAUUCAUGGAACCAGCGAAGCAUUGAAAUUUUACGCUUUAAUGAUAGUAUUCUAUAUAGUUGAUGGGCAAAUGUUUUAAACAUUUUUUAUUUUAAAAAGUUCCGAUUUGCAGCCAAACAAAUAAAUCAAUAUGAUCUUCAAUUACUAUUAAAUUCUCAGGCUUAGGUCAUUCAGAGUGAGUUGCUUUUGGUUUUGAGCUGUAAUGCUUAUGAUUCCAAUAUAAACAUAUGCAGAUGAGGCUGAGUUUUUGGGAAAUGUUCCAGGCCAAAUGUGAAUCACCAAUGUAGAUUCCAUAACAGAAUUCAGGCAGAUUUGUGUUCAAAGUCCAGCUCUAUUCGCUUCUUACCUCUAUGAUCCUGGGCAGGUAACAUGCCUCCUCUCAGACUCAGUUUCUUCCUCUGUAAAAUGAGGAUAUACUACCUACCUCAUGUGGUUGUUUGGGGAUUGUCAAAGCACAAAUUCUCAAAUCACUGAAAAUGUAAUUCUCCUAUGAAUAGAUGAUGAGUUUAGUUCCAUUUAGCUCAUAAUCAGAAUAAUAGAGCAAUCUGAAGAGAACAUGAAGAACUAGAUUUUAUCAGUGGAAAAAGACUUGAUGAAAUGAGAUUACAAAGUAAGAUAUAAAACUGGUUAAUGUCCUACAGGGAAAUAAAACUAUAACCUUGGAGGUGAAUUUCUCCACCAGAAAGCAAAAAUAGAUCAUCCUCAUACCUUAUUAAUUUUUUACAAGUCAACGCUCCAACUUUACAGGGUUCUUAAUCUGGUCCCUAUUGAAUUAUUAGUCAAAUUUAUAUUUCCCAAGAGAGUCAGAUGGCCCUUGAGUGGGCUUGAUGAAUAAUAGGCUAGCAUAUUAUUAAUAGAUCACAUAAUCUGUUCUGUUUUGUUUUGUUUUUUGCCUUAAUUUCCAAGUCUGGGAUAAUUUUCCCUAAAUGGGGUCAAAUGAGAUACAUGUCGAAGAGCCUAAUCAUAGUAAAUAAAUGCUCAUAUUUGUUCCUUUUCCCCCUACAUGCCUGUGUAGACUUACCAGGAGAUUAGUUUUCAAUGUCUAAUUUGUCAUUUAUUUCACUAUGUUUACUCACUUUUUGUAACAUCUUUGAAAGAUUUGAAAACUUUCAGUAAAUAUUUUGGCACUAUUGGUAUUUGAUGUUUUGCCACUUCUUUAUUGGGAACUCAUUGGAAAGAGUUUUUGUCACAUUGGUCAACUGAUUUUUCUCUCUCUCUCCUUUACAUGCCUGGGGAAAAUGUACAUCAUUCUUAGGAUCAGAGUCAAGAAUAAAACAAACCAAUUGGACCUAUGUAAAAGGGGUGGGAAAGAUUAGGAAUGUUCCAAGUUUGAAAAUUCAGUUCAAAUUAAAUAAGGCUGUUUAUAAACAGAUAAUGUGGAUGGCUAUGAGAGAAACACAUUAUCAGUUUCCUUUGGCCCAUGAGAUUCUAAUAAAGUUACACACCCAUUGCGAGAUCAUUUGAUUACAAGUGCCAGGGAUUAUUUUGAACCUGAACAAAAGGAGUCUGAAGAGUGGCUGAUGAUGGCAGUACUCUGGGGAAUAAUAAAAUUUUAAUUUUACAUAAACAUUAUCAGAUUAUUUGGAAAGAAUUUUUUUUUUUUCUAGAUUCAGGACUGACGUUGGUAGCUUGAGUUUUUAAAACCUUAGUUCAAGUUUUGAGCUUUUCUAGGCAACUGCACAUUGUAUCCCUUUGACUUAGAUUUGCCAUCUUCGGCUCUCUCAUCUGCCUCCAGGUAUACAUACCUGUGAAAGAGAGAAGGAGAGAGGGAUGAAGAAAGCAAGAGAGGCAGAAAACAAUGGAGAGAAGAUAGGAGAACGGGAGAGAAGAGUUUCCAAUGACAUAUUUCUUAUGGUGAUAUGACUCUCUGAGAAGUAAAUUUAAUUCCUCAAAGGAAAAAAAAGAUUAUAUUUGAGAAGUAAAUAACAAAACCUCCUUCACAGACAGUGUGAGAUGAAGAACAUUUUGUUGGAAAGGGAGCCAGGAGCUCUGGCUUCUCGUCGCGGAGAUGCCGCUGAGUUGUGUUGGGCAGAGCAGGUCAUGGAUUUCCCCAGGCCUUAGCGUCCCAAUCCGUCAGGAGAAAUCAGGCAGUAUGGUCUCAAAGACUCACUCUCAUGUGCUCACUCCGUAAACUUUUCUUGCUAGUGUUGCACACUGUGAUUGUUUUUGAUGGAAGAGAGAGAGAGAUUAAACUGGACUGUCUCUUGAGGGCAGGGCUUGGCUCUUAAAAGAGCCUCUGGUGUCUUGCUGUCUCUCAGCUCACCACAGAGGCGCUAAACCCGAUGGUAGUACUUUUGCCUGGGUCAGCUGAAGACACUUUGUUUCUUGCUCAUGAUUCAUUAAGAUCUUAUAUGCAUACUCUCCUUUCUUCUCUGCUGCUUCCGCCUGGCAAGAAGAGGGCCAUGUCAAAGUCCUUUCUAGUUUGUCCCUGGGCUUAGAGGAAUACUUAUUUUUAUUGAGUCUAUCGGGGUAACAUUAUAUAAGUGUCAUGUACAAUUCUAUAAAACAUCAUCUGUAUAUUGCACUGUGUGCUCACCACCUGUAUUCCUUUAAUCAUCGUAUAUUUGGCCCCCUUAACCCACUUCAUCCUCCCCUCACCCCCUUCCACUCUGGUAACCGCCAGACUGUUGCCUGUGUCUAUGAGUUGGUUUCGUUUUGUUGUUUUCUAUUUUGUAUCCCACACAUGAGUGAAAGUGUAUGGUUCUUGUGCUUUUCUGUCUGACUUAAAUUGCUUAGUCGAUAAUUUCAAGAUCCACGUUGUCCCAAA